AUGAAAGAUUUGCUUGUAAGCCCGAGAAUAUCGUGUCUUUAAUUUGUCAACUUCUACACUUAAUCUUUAGAGACGACGUCUGUAUGAGAAACUACCCUGACUGCAUCUCGCCGACGCUCUGUUGGCCCAAAGACUGGUUACCUGUAGACAUACCAGCCCUACGAAUCAUAGGCGUUAAUUAUGGUACGAGUUUAUCCAUGUGGACCCCUUUCUGCCCAAUAGAAAGCAUGAAGAGCACUAUUAAGGAGAGAAGUGAAGAAUUUGUUACCAAAUUGACAAUGGCAAACGUGGGCCGGCGGCCACUUAUAUGGGUCGCCCAUUCGAUGGGCGGAUUAUUAAUUAAGAAGAUGCUUGUAGAAGAGUGGAAAACUGGUGAUAAGCACGGCAUCUGCAAGAACACCAAGGCUAUCCUAUUUUACGGUACUCCUCAUCGAGGCUCGCACGUAGCGGCUCUUAAGCAAGCGACGCAAAUGCUGCUAUGGCCAACGGUCGAGGUUCAAGAACUACGCGAAGAAUCGCCGCAGUUGCUAAGAUUGCACGAGGAAUUCCUAGAAAUGCUGAAUGAAUAUCGCAUAGAGAUUGUGAGUUUCGCCGAGGCCAAACCUACGCUUGUAACCGCGCUCAAGUUUCCCUUUCAAUUCGUCACCCUCGAUUCAGCAGAUCCUGGCGUGGGAGAGUUCUUCGAGAUUCCGCAGGAUCAUUUAUCGAUAUGCAAGCCGGCUAACAGGCAAUCGUUCUUGUAUCAGAAACUUCUGAGUGUGCUCAGACACCACAUCAACACUCGGGAAGAGACGACUGUCCUGUCGAUUAGAAAUCUACUGUCCUUGUUGAGUAAGAUAUUUUAGGUUUUGUGUACAAGAGAUAAUCUAUACGAAUUUUAUAUAUUUUUUUAUGUGACGCAAAAUAAAUGUACGUAUGAUCAAUUACAAAAAGAAUCGCGAUAGCAUUGUGGAGUUUGAUCUCUACUCAGUAUCUCAUUUCACUUGUGAACGAGAAAAUACUUCGCUGUCGGUGUAAUCGCCACUUUCUCUUCUCGCUUAAUUCUACUUUACACACCUACGACUUGAAAUCGCAUCGUGGCAGCGUACAUUGGCGUUACGGUAAUAUCGGUUCUGGUGGCGAGCGACCGAUUAUAACACGAUUGUUUAUUAUUCUGACUAGAAUAAAUAAAUCCCUUAAGGCAAA